CUCAUUAUAAGCUUCCUGGGUAUUAAAAUUCCAAAAACUUUAAUUCACCUGAGACUCCAAAACCGUCUAUUUACAAUUCAGAGAGAGAGAGAGAGAACUAUAAUGCAUCACUGUCACUCGAGCAUGGACAAGACCACGAGGGUCUGCUUCCUCCUGCUGAGGGUUCUGGCAUUGGGCGCAACCAUUGCGGCAGCCAUUGUCAUGGGUACGAGUCACGAGAAAUCUAGCUUUUUCACCGUACAGUUUGAAGCUAAGUUCAGCCAUACCUCGGCUUUCACGUAUUUUCUGAUUGUCAAUGUCAUUGGAGGGGCGUACAGUUUGCUGGUUCUUUUCCUUCCAACAGAGAGCUUGCUCUGGCGAUUGGUUAUUGCCAUGGAUGUGGUAAUAACUAUGUUGCUGACAUCAGGAGUAUCAGCAGCCUUAGCAAUUGCAUAUGUGGGGAAGAAAGGGAAUUCCUAUGCAGGUUGGCUACCCAUUUGUGGCCAGGUUGAGGGCUACUGCCACCAGGUGGGAGGAGCCCUAGCCACUGGCUUUGCCGGAGUUAUAAUCUACAUGCUCAUCCUCCUCUACUCCCUCCAUUCUGCCAUAAAUCCUCUGCUUUUGUAAAAACAGUACUGGUCUAUCUGAUGUAUAGGUCUUGCCUAUCCGACGAAUAAAAUUUCUCCUCCAUCUUGCCAACAAAGGAAAAAUAACUUUGAAGCAGGAUUCCGGAGUUGUGUUUUUUAGAGAUGGAUUAGGAGAUUUACAAGAUCAACAGAAAGUUGUGUACUUGAACAUCUUGCUACCUGUCUUGUAAUAAAUAUUUGAAAGAACUACAUCGCUGUAUACGAAAAUGUUCAUGCAAACAUGAAAGUUUAGCAA